AUGUCUUCAGUGUGGAAGACUCAUUGUGGAUCAGAUGUGAUGCCUGAGAUGAUGGUGAAAAUCAUCGGAAGUAAACACUUCCACUACCUCGUGGAGAAGCCCAAUAUUAAGGAGAAUGAGAACUUGAAGGCAGAAACUCAAAGAGUGCUCCAGAAAUCUGUGACUGGUAAUGCAAAGCAGAUGAGCAGAGACCCAAUGCCCCCCAGCUCUUAGUAAGCCACUGGUCAUCAAAUCAAUCAAGACCCAGAUGAUGUGGAAGAAAACAAGCACCCAGAGAAGAACAAGGAACCAGAGAACAACCAGAGACUCCUAACAGGGACACUCAGUAACAGAUUUCUGGAUGGCAGAGUUCCCAACCAGCCAAAUGUCCAUUGCAGCUCUGCACCAACUGGAGACCAGUCCUUGUCCUAUAUCCAUGGACUCCCCAGAAAAAAACUUAGAGACCGGUCCUUGGAACAGAUGGCAAGGGGAGGCUCUGACCAAACUGAGGAUAUUGGCCAAAAGCCAAAUGGAACAACAAAAGAAGACACUACUUUUCUUCUCACCCUGAUCAGAAGAGAACUCAAGUCAUGCCCCUUGAGUUCUGGCUUACUAGACAAGCUUCAAAAAGAGCUGAAAAUCCUGGAUCCUAUCUCUUCAGGAUUCCUCCUUCAAUCUCAGCUGAGCCACCUCUUCUUGAGGCAUGAAGUCCCUCUGCAGUUACCAACAGUCAAGAUCCUCUGCCAGAGAUUUUCUAGGAGUGACUCUGCUGAAAUGGUGAACUAUGAAAAGCUACUCUGCUUUUUAAAAGUUGCAGCUUCAGAUGAUCCACAGCAAAGCAAAAGAGUUGUGGGCAGCAACCUGAGGAAAACUGAGGGCUUUUCCCUGCCUCUCCAAGCACUAAUGCCUCUCAACUCCAGCUCACAGUCAGAAGUGAACAAGAGCCUGUUGGAGAUCUUAAGGAUGGUGCUGAGGACAACCAAUGGCAACCUCAACCUAGAGAGCCUUCAUCUGAGUCUUCGUAAAGAAGAUCACUUGCUCUCAGGCUACUUGCUCCAACUCAAGGUCAGGGUUAUAUGUGGCAAGUAUGGGUUAUAUGUGACUUUGAGCCUCCUGGAAACAUUGCAUAACCACUAAGAUUUGGCUUACCAAAAUGAAAUAAAAUGGCAGAAUUUUGUUGAGUUGUUGAGCAAAGCUUCCUCCAAUUUGUCAUCUGAUUUGCCUACAGGAAAAAAAGGAAAGGAAACCUCGGCCACUUCAGUGCAGGCUGAAGUCCCAGAGAUGUCUCAGGGCAAAACUGAACAUAUGAAAUCUCCAGAAGAGGAGCUGCAGCCAGAAAACCUUUCCACUGAGAGUUCAGCCCCCAGAGAUCCCCCAAGAUCGUUGACGAUCAGGCCAGUCUCACAGCCUUUUGUGAGUCCAGCAAUGAAGAACAAGUCUGCAGAAUGUAAGACGUGGAUUGACAGGUUCAGGAAGCUAGAAAAUGCCCUCUACCUGUGUGAUCUGAGCAAUACAGGAGUCCUGGAGAAGGAAUGAGCCCGGCGCCUCAUUCACAACUACAUUCUCAUUUACAGCCUGUCCCUGAGCCCUCGGAAAAUCGACCAGGCCUUGAGGAGAUUUCGUUUGGGAGAAAAUAUGCUGUUGAAACCAGCACUCCGGUACUUAAAGGAGCUAUGA